UCCCUUCCCCUCGCCGGGGCUCCCUAGUGCGGCCGCUUUCGCUUGGCUGAUCAGCCGGCGGUGCCGCUGCUGGCCCCGCCGCCGCUAUGGGGGAGCCUCCAGGCAUGGAGGCGGCGCCGGGCUCGGUGCUCUGCCGGCUGCAGUUCCUGGAGGACUCGGACCCUUUUUCGUGCGCCGCCUUCCCGGAGCCGCGGCGGGCGCCCGUGCAGCCCGUGCUGGAAGCGCUCCCCCUCGCCGCCCAGCUGCCGGCCAUGCACCGCUUACUGGCCGCGCCUUUGCCGCUGGAGGACUGCACUUUGCAAGUCUUGCCAUUGGGAAAUUAUUUGGACCUUGAACUUUCUCUGCUGGAGCAGAAGGAUGAACUGGAAGGGUUUUACGAGGACAUCAGGAAAGGGAGGCGGCCAAUUCUCCUCAUCCGCACGCAGCUCUCGGUCCGCGUUCAUGCCAUCCUGGAGAAGCUCUACAAUUCAAAGGGCCCAGAGUUGAGACGUUCCCUCUUCUCACUGAAGCAGCUUUUCCAGGAGGAUAAAGACCUAGUACCCGAGUUUGUGAAUUCAGAAGGUCUGACAUGCCUCAUCACAGUGGGAGCAGAAGCAGACCAAAAUUACCAGAACUAUAUCCUGAGAGCUCUAGGUCAGAUCAUGCUGUUUGUGGAUGGAAUGAUGGGAGUGAUAAACCACAACGAGACAGUUCAGUGGCUCUAUACACUGUGUGGUAGCUUGUACCGGCUUGUGGUCAAGAGUGCCUUGAAGCUGUUGCUUGUCUUCGUGGAAUAUAUAGAAUCCAACGCCCAGCUGUUGAUUCAGGCUGUUGUAGCAGCAGAAGAGGUCAGAGGUGGCUUCCCGUGGUCCCAGCUCAUGUCAAUCUUGGAGCAGAAGAAUGGAGCUGAUACGGAGCUCCAGGUGUUUGCCAUGACCCUCAUCAACAAGACUCUGGCUGCUCUCCCGGACCAGGAUUCCUUCUAUGACUUGACGGACUGUCUGGAGCAGCAGGGCAUGGAGCGAAUCUUCCAGGACCACGUCAACAACAAGGGCACGGACCCAGACUUGAAGCAGCAGUUUGUCGUCUACGAGAAUGCUCUCAAGUACGAGGACGGAGUUGAAGAGACACUGUCCGGUCUGCGCAAGGAGCGGAGGAAAGGGGACGAGAAUCGAAGGGCGCGGCGGUCUAUGGGGUACAUCAUGGCCCAAGAGGAAAGCCAAGGGGUCCAAGCAGCUGAAGAAUUUCAAGGCAGCCUGGCUCAGAAUCUGGGCUUGGAUGUGGAGAGCAAUGGCCAGGCCACUUUGACGAGCAUGUAUAACAGUGCAUCAAGUGUGCAGCUUUCAACACCGUCGGUAACUUUGGAAGGGGAGCAGCCCUGGAACCUGGGUGAGAGAAGCGUCUUUAAAGCUCGCUUCUUGGAAAACCUCGCUGCCUCCCAGAAAGAGAAGUUGUAUGCGAUAUCCCGGGGGCGAGCAGAGGUCCUGGCAGAGGCAACACCAGUCGCUGAGCAAGUUAGCCCAGGAAGGUUGGCUGAAGGGCAGAAUGGAACUGUCAGUGCGACAGAGCCUGUCUCUAUGUUGGGCAGCAUUGACAGUGUGGGCACUGCCUCGAAUGCAUUGGACAAUGGUAUCCAUGGCACCCACCCCCUUGGCCUUGAUUCCAUCCCAAGUCUGGGCCCCAGACUUGUCCUGCCUGGCGAAGCCACAGAAGCCUCCAGUGGUGUUGUGUCUGAGAAAAAGUUUAUGCUGGAUAUGUUGUUCUCCAAGACCCCGACAGAAUUGGGGAGGACGCUUCUGGCCCCUGUAGAGGACCAUCCGGCAGAAACCUGGAACAAGCUAAGCCUGGAUGAAGGCGGGAGCUGUCCAGGCAAGAGGACGGAGGCAUCCUUGAACUCGCAGACCCGACAAUUACGGGCCCAGUUCAGCAUUGAUGCGGAAGCCAACUUGCAGAGUCUAGAGAGUACCCUUAUGGCUCCCUUCAAAAAAGACGUGGAAGUCAUUUGUCGGGAACCAAGCCCAAAGCUGCUAAAAAUCAGAGAUCUGGACUUCUCGGACUUGGGCAGGGAAGAAGAUUUUGAUGUACUAGAAACUGAAAUGGAGAGUGUGACAUCUGGUGUACCUGACCGCUGUACUGCUACAACUGCUCAUGGUGUUCUGGUUCCUCCCCCUCCCCCUCCCUUACCUGGCUGUCCCCCUCCUCCUCCUCCCCCUCCCCCUCCCCUACCUGGCUGUCCCCCUCCUCCCCCUCCUCCACCUGGCUGUCCCCCUCCUGGCUUGCACAGUUCCUCCACUGGAGAUGCUCAUCGUCCUGCUAAGAAGAAGACAGUUAAGCUUUUCUGGAGGGAGUUGAAAAACGUGGACAGCUCACCAGGGAGAGGCAGAUUUGGGCAGGCAACUCUGUGGGCAUCCCUGGAGAAGGUUGAAGUUGAUACAGCCAAGCUGGAACAUCUGUUUGAGUCCAAGGCAAAGGAUGUGCUUUCCUCUAAGAAAGCUGUCGAUGGGAAGAAAGUCAUCGUGAUCUUGGACCCCAAGAGAAGCAAUGCCAUCAACAUCGGCUUGACGGUUCUACCUCCCGCUUACAUCAUCAAGACAGCCAUUCUCAACUUUGACGAGUUUGCAAUUACUAAGGAAGGGAUUGAGAAAAUUGCAACCAUGGUCCCCACGGAGGAAGAGAAGCAGAGGAUUCAGGAAGCCCAGCUGGCCAAUCCUGAUGUCCCUCUGGGCUCCGCAGAGCAGUUCCUUCUCACCCUUUCCUCAAUCUCGGAACUCGCUGCCCGACUCCAGCUGUGGGCUUUUAAGUUGGACUACGAGACUAUGGAGCAGGAAAUUGCUGAACCUCUGUUUGACUUGAAGCUUGGGAUGGAGCAGCUGGCCAAGAACCAGACCUUCAAGCACAUUCUUGCCACUCUGCUAGCCAUGGGCAACUUCUUGAAUGGAUCUAAGACUCAAGGGUUUGAGCUGAGCUACCUGGCUAAGGUGUCAGAGGUGAAGGACACGGUGCACCGGCAGACCCUGCUACACCACCUGUGCCACAACGUGGUGGAAAAAUUCCCAGAUUCGACUGACCUCUACUCUGAGAUUGCUGCCAUCACACGCUCUGCCAAGGUUGACUUUGAUGCGCUCGCAGAAAGUCUAGUCCAGUUAGAGCAGCGGUGCAAAGCAUCAUGGGAUAGCUUGAAGGCUGUUGCAAAGCAUGAAACGAAGCCUGCCUUGAAGACCAAGCUACUGGACUUCCUACAGGCCAGCACCCAGAAGAUCAUCAUCCUCAAGGUUGUCCACCGGCGGGUGUUGAACAGAUUUCACUCCUUCCUCCUUUACCUGGGUUAUGACGCACAUAGGGUGCGGGAUGUGAAGGUUACUGGAUUCUGCCAAACCCUCCGGGAGUUUGCCCUGGAAUACCGCACAUGCCAAGAGAGAGUUCUCCAGCAGAGGAAGAAACGAGCAGCAUACCGGGAGAGGAACAAAACCCGCGGCAGAAUGAUCACGGAGAUGGAGAAAUUUGCCAGUGUUAGCAAGCCAGAAGAAAGCCCUGCACCAGCUGUACUGUCAGCAAGUCCAGAGCCAAAGGCAGAAGCAGGCCACGAAACUAUGACCAGUGUGCUCAUCUCCCCUAUAGAACUAUCUGGUCGCCGCAGUCGGCCCAGCAGAGGUGUUGGAAAGCACACCCCUCCCAGUGCUCUCCCUCCCCAGGAUGAUGUGUCCGGCUCCCCCGAAGAUGCCUCAGAGGAGAUCAUGGAUAAGCUUACCUGGUGAGAAGUCGGUCCGCGCUGAGCACCCUACGACUUCCCGGCCGCUGGGAAAGGAGCGCAUAAAGCGUUCCCGGGUGCCGGUAAGAGGAGAUCUUAUGGUAGCUUGUCGCUUUAAGGUGAUCACAGAUGCUGAGACAAACCAGAUUCUCAACUAACGAUAAACUGAAUUCUGCAACUAGUAGUACCAGUAAAGCUGAAUCAAUCUGCUUUGCAUAGUUCUAGUGUCGUUGAUCCAAGAGUUAUGGCCCUGCCGGUGUCCAGAAAUCAUGUUCAGCUGCCCCUGAUCCCUCUGAGACUGCAUGGCCCACACGCUUUCAAACGUCUCUGUCAUGAGGGCUAGAAACUUGCCUUAAAGCUUGGAUUGUCAUGAACAGAGUUUCUUUGCCCAGCACUCUGUGUGGAUAUUGUACAUCCCCCCCCCAGUUUAUUCCCCAGCCUCACCUCAGUCCUUUUCCCUAUCUUACCUGUCUUCUUUCCUUGUCUUCCACUGCCAAGCUCUUGGCUGCUGAAGUCGGGUAGAGCAGCUGUCCAGCUGUCGGUGUUCUUAUCUUUGGCAGAGGCAGGCAUGCUUCAGCCUUUCGCAGUCAACAAAUGAGGGUGCUGGUUCCUGUGUUGGGGGGUGAGGACAAUGUCAAUCCCCUUCUGGAUCAAGAACUUCAGUCCCUUGGCUGUUAGGGAUGAGACCCAAUCAGAACAUCUGGGCUUACCUUGUAAGGGUUGCUGCAGUUUACUGAAGCCUAGUGGCACCUUACAGACCAGCCCAUGCUCUGAUUCCACGGCCAGAUUCACAACAGGGUCUUGUUUUCUGCCCCCUUACCCCUUCUCCUGUUUGUUUUCUUAGUGAGGCGCACCCUGAAGAAUGGCCUAAGCGAUGAGCUGGUGCAAAUGACAGGGGCCUAGCUCGAGCGGCUGGAGUGGCACAAUGUGCGAAGGGCAGACCCCGCAACCCUGGAGGACCCUCUGAUUCAGGAUGCUGGCUGAGUAGCCUGACGGCUGGAGGGAAGGCAAGACCCGCCACAUCACGCAGCAGUUGCCAGGAGUAUGACCUGCCUGAAUUGUGCCUUAAGGAUCCUGCCAGUGUGUGCCACUGCUUGUGUUACUCCAUCCAAACCUAUCCCUCUACCUUGGUUGAUGGACAGAACCAGGUGGACUUUUUCAAGGAAGGGGUGCUCUCCCUGGUUGAAAACAGUAUUAUAUUUUGUGUAUCUUGCAUGUGUUUGGACCCCUGGUCUGGAUGCAAGAUCCAGGAUCUGUGUUGCUCAAGAAUUUGAGAAGUCAUUGGUUUGAGAGUUCGGUGGCACGAAAUAAAUCAGAUGACCUCUUACUUUC